UACUCUGCCCAUCUGUAAAUGUCUGUAAUGUAUGGAAAUUUGUUGUUGGUUUGUGUAUAUUCAGGGGAAUUGAUUUUAGCUACAUUUACUGAAAAUCUGAUCUUUCUGAGGCCAGGCAUAAAGCAGUAACAAUUAAAAUGUUCUGUUUAAUGUGCAGGAGAUAAAGAAGAGGGGAGUAAUAUGAUGAAAAAUCCUCCCUAUUAAAGUGUUUGGGGUUGAGGUAGAGGCUUCAUGCAUUGUUAAACAACAAGACUAUAUGCAGACUGCAUCAUAUCUUCCAUUGGUAGCACCUUUCAUCCCAGGAACAUGCCCAAGAAAGGAGGAAAACAAGAUGAAACUGAAAGGAAAGUACAUGUACCAUGUAAACGAGCAAAGAUGGAAGUAUCUUGCCCUCCAUCACCUAUGAACUAUGAUAGCCCAAACAGUGUCUUUGAAAGUUUGAUCUUUCCCAUCAAACAAGAGGAGUUCUUCAAGGAGUAUUGGGAACAAAAGCCGCUGCUUAUUCAGAGAGAUGAUUCUUCAGUGGCUGCUUACUACCAGUCUCUCUUCCAGCUAAUGGAUUUGAAGAAGCUGUCCAGCCAGGGUUUAUACUAUGGAAGAGAUAUUAAUGUCUGCAGAUGCGUGAAUGGUAAAAAGAAGGUUUUAAAUAAAGAUGGCAAAGUGAACUAUAUGCAGCUGAAGAGAGACUUUGAUCAGAAAAAAGCAACUAUACAGUUUCAUCAACCUCAGAGAUUUAAGGAUGAGCUGUGGAUGAUCCAGGAGAAGCUGGAAUGCUACUUUGGCUCUUUGGUUGGCUCCAAUGUUUACAUAACUCCUCCAGGGUCCCAGGGUCUUCCUCCCCACUAUGAUGAUGUUGAGGUGUUUAUUCUUCAGUUGGAAGGAGAGAAACACUGGCGACUCUACAAACCUACUGUGCCGUUAGCUCGAGAAUACAAUGUUGAAUCAGAGGAUCACAUUGGGAAUCCAACACAUGAAUUCAUAUUAAAGCCAGGAGAUUUGUUAUACUUUCCAAGAGGAACAAUCCACCAAGCUGACACUCCUGCCAGGAGAUCACAUUCUACUCAUGUGACCAUCAGCACCUACCAAAACAAUUCUUGGGGAGAUUUCUUGUUAGAUGUGAUUCCUGGGCUCCUGUUUGAUACAGCAAAGGAAGAUGUGGCUCUGCGGACAAGUAUACCAAGGCAACUACUGAUGCAGGUGGAUAUUGCUGACUCUACACGGAGAUUAAGCAUCUUCAUGAGAAGUCUUGCAGACCGUCUGGAAAACACCAAAGAACUGAGAUCCUCUGACAUGAAGAAGGAUUUCAUAAUGAACCGAUUACCACCUUUCCUGAGGAAUGGCUCUGCUCCCUUGGCUCCAGGUGGACAACUACCAAAAUUAGACAGUACAAUCAGAUUGCGGUUUAAAGAUCAUGUCGUAAUGACAGUGGAACCUGAUCAAGAAAAAUCUACUCAUGGAUUACGUUUUCCUUUAUCACACAUGGAUGCCAUGAAGCAAAUCUGGAGAAAUGCGACUGUUGCUGUUAAAGAAUUGAGCCUUAAGUCAGAUGCAGAGAAAGAACACCUUGUCUUAUCACUCUGGGCUGAAUGUCUCAUUGAGGUAAUAUGAAUCUUUCAAAAAUCAGCCUCACAUUUCAUCCUUGGAGGACAGACCAACCAUCAGAUUCCUCCUUUUCCAAGGAGUUGCUGCCUAGUAUGGAGAGCAAUGGCAAAAGUGUAUAUUGUACUUUUUAAUGAUGGAUUUCUUUUUUAAAAAGGCUUUACAAACAUCCUCUUCUACGUGCCUUAGGGAAAUCUAAAUCCAAAUGAUAAGGAUAAGUUAGGCACAGGAACAUCUAUCUGUAGCAGGAAAGGAGAAGAAUCGGUCACAUCACAGCACCUGCAGACAGAGCAGUGAAGCCUAUGUUUAUCAAAUGUCACUGCACAUACUUGUAAAAGUCCUUUGUACUUAACUUAUGUGCCCUCCUGGAAGGAGUGGGUCUGUUUCAUUACUGCUAAAACCAGGAGUUAAACAAUCACCAAGGAGUUACAAAUUUUGUUGGUAAGAGUCUCUGCACUGUAGCCCAUUUUCUAUCACUGUGGUUCUUUCUUGCGGUCACUCCACAUACAUAUCACUAAUAUUAAACUUAGUUUUUAUUCA